GGAAAUGGAUAUUUUCCGUCACCCGUCUUCUCCACUCUCUGCAUUUCUGUUUUUUCUCUCUUCUCCGUACUGUAUUCGGUAUUCCAUAUAUUCAUUCACUCCCCCCCCUCUCUCUCUCUACUAACCUCUGGUUUUAGUCUCUCUCUUCAAGCCGCCUCGGGAAAAGCACCUCCGCUCUGCAUUUCAACGUACAUUUUCCAGUUCUUAAACAAGGAGUGGUUGGUACAAUGGGUUCCAAGAAGAAGAAUAAAAUCCAGACAGGAAAGGAACAACCAUUCCAACCAUACAACUGUAGUGUGACUGCCCGAAACCUACCUAAGAGCGAAUUGGGAGCUGUUAUAUUUGGGUGUAAAGCCCAUACCAUCGAGGAAUGCCUUUCGAAGCUGAUCUUUGGUUUACCAUUUGGACAUUUUGCAUAUGUCAAGAAGAUUAGUCCCGGCCUUCCACUGUUUCUGUUCAACUACAGUGAUCGGAAGCUUCUUGGUACAUUUGAGGCUGCUAGUCCUGGAAAACUUAAUAUUGACGCAUAUGCAUGGACUAACGGCAAUGGCUAUGAAACAGAAUUUCCUGCUCAGGUGAAAAUAAAAGCGUUCAAUAGGUGCUACACUCUGAAAGAAAGCCAAUUUAGCUCCAUCAUCCCUGAUAACUACUAUGAUCCAGAUCAACCAAAUUUUUUUUGGUUUGAAAUGGAUCAUUCUCAGACAGCUAAGAUGGUUGGGUUGUUUGCAUCUUCAGGUGUGCCGUAUGCCGGUCGUCAUUAUGCUCAUCAGAACCCCACUAAGGAAACUCGUAGCUAUAUCCCACAAAACAAAUGCAAUCCUAGUGUGCCUAAUGAUUGUGUUGAACAGCACUCUGCAUCUACAAGUUAUGCUGUGCAAAGUAAUGCCCGUGCUUCCUCCGAACAGAGAUCUUGGAGGUCACUUUUUAACAACACAACUUCUGAUACAAUCAACAAAUUUGAAGUUUUGAAGAUUGCAUCAUCACGUCCAACUUCACCCUUAUCAGAGCAGUAUAAUGGGGAAUGGGAGUCUUGCACUUCACCUUCAAUUACCAGAAGUGAAGAUCAUGAGUGUUGUCCUGAGGAGAUCGACGAAGAUGCAGAUAUUCAGCCACAAUACGAGGCUCCUGGAAUCUGUCAUGGGGAAUGGGAUGCUGAGGUUGAAAGAGAUACAGAAAAUAUUCAACCAUUUGUUGAGUCCGCUGAAUACUCUAUUCAACCACAGUACGAGGCUCCUGGAAUCUAUCAUGGGGAAUGGGAUGCUGAGGUUGAAAGAGAUACAGAAAAUAUUCAACCAUUUGUUGAGUCCCCUGAAUACUCUGUUGAUGGAAGUACUUCAAUGGAAUUAAAGAAUAUUUGUGUGGCAGAGGAGGAAGAAGGAAAUGAAGAUGAUAGAAAUCAACAAUUUGUUGAGGCUCCUGCAUAUUCAGCAGAUAGAAAUUCUUCAAUGGAUCAACUUCUUAUCUCACAAGGGUCUUCUGAUAUUCUGUCAAUGUUGAUGCAAGAGGUUGCAGAACUGAAGGAAAGGCAAAUGAAACAAGAAGAAAAAAUUUGGACUCUCGAAAAAGAACUGGCUCAGUCAAGAGAGGUAGUUCAGAAGUUACAAAGUCAACACCGUGCAUUGGAAGCUCCCCCAUUGCCUUCAAGCCAACAGUUUGAAGGAUUUUACCGUGGAACACUAAACCCCUCUACUAAGAGGGGUGAUUGUGUGCUCGUAGUUGGAGAAUUUGAUGCAGUUUUGAAUAGUGAGGUUUAUCUACUUGGUGGCAUGCAUGGAGAGGUUUGGUAUGACACAGUUGAAGCAUAUAAUCCAAAGACAAAUGAAUGGUCCAAACGACCCUCAUUAAAUUGUGAGAAGGGAAGCCUGGCUGGAGCGUCUUUGUAUAGCAAAAUUUUUGCAGUGGGUGGGAGAAAUGGGAGGGAAUGUUAUUCAGAGGUGGAAAUGCUAGACUUGAACACAGGAAAGUGGAUGUACUCUACAUCAAUGCUGGAAAAGCGGUUUUCAACAGCAGCAGCAGAAGUGAAGGGUGCUCUCUACGUGGUUGGGGGCUAUGAUGGAAAUGCUUAUUUAAACAUUGAAGAUCUGCUGAAAGGUUUGAUCCAAGAGAGCAUACUUGGAGAAAAGUAGGUGACAUGAAAACAAAGAGAGGAUGCCACUCUUUGGUUGCAUUCGAUGAAAAGUUAUAUGCUCUAGGUGGCUACGAUGGAGACAGAUAUGUACCAAGUGUUGAGGUUUUUGAACCCCGUGUUGGUUCUUGGACGAUGGUGCAUCCAAUGAAUGAUUCUAGGGGUAAUUUUGGAGCGGUUGUCAUUGGCGGGAAGAUAUGUGCACUAGGAGGGCUCACGAACGGUGGAGGAACAUUAGACACGGUGGAAUUUUGCGAUGGCUACAGAUGGAA